AUGUUGAUGAUUCCUAGUGUGCUAAUGCGAAAAUGUUUGCUCAAGUUUAUUAUUAAAUCAUCUGCAUUGGACAGAAAAAGGUUCAUCAUGCCAUCAAAAAACGGUGCGAUAUCAUUGCGCACCGAAGAUGUGUAUGACAUUUUCGGGCUACAGAACAAGGGCAAAGAUGCCAUGAAAGCCCUAGGUAAAGGGGGGUUAAAGGCGAAGGUGAAGGUGCCUAGUCGUUUUGUAGAUUCCAAAACGGGGGAAAUGAUGAUAGACGAUCUGAUUGAGAACAUCGUUGCCAGUGGCACGUACGAUGAUGAUUUCCUCCGUAGAAUUGUUCUGGUUCUUCUGGGCAUGGUUCUUGCACCGCAGUCCACGAGAGAAGUUCCUAAUGCUUAUUACAAGUUAGUGCACGAUGUGGAGGCCAUCAAAGCAUUUAAUUGGAACAGAUUUACUUUACGCAUUUGCGUGGAAGGCAUCACAAAGACCUUGUCAGAUCUUGAAAAAUUUACUUGGCCGGUCGGAAACCUUGCCCUCAUACAGUACAUGUUUUGGGAGAAAGUGCAGCCACUGGAUGAAGAGGCAUUUGAUCCACUAGCUCAUGAAUAUCCAUUGAUGCUCAAUUGGUCAGAAGAUGAGGCUAUGAAGCAUGACGCGUACGACACGACAUACGGCCGUGGUAAUGGGACGAUUGAUGACGUGAUAAGUGAGAAGUACAGAUAG